UCGGUGAAAUGUAUUGAUCGUUAAUGUAACAGCCGUUGGUUAGGAAGCGGAUGCAAAACCCUCGUUCUUUGCUUGGUGAGAGUUUGGGUAGAGUUUGGAUAGCUUCUAACCUAAGCUGUCAUUGCAUCAACAUAAGUGUAAACGAAGCUGCACUUGAGGACAGAACUCUUGAAGGCAUAGCAGAAGCUGGUCUCGAUUGGCUGGUCUGAAAGCGUACAAGAAUAUUGGUUCUUCGGUUUUGUUCGUGAGGACAAAAACGCUCUCAGCAAAUUCAUUAUACCCGGUACGUCUUGCAGCAGCAGCUGUAUAACAAACAUAACGUAACUCCGCGUCAUAAUCGAGCUUCUUUGUUCGAUAUCUUGUGAGGCCACGGAAGUACCACCUUGGUGAACUCAGCGUGUGGCAAAAAAUCAAAGUUUCCAAGGAAGAACCUGUCUGCUGCAUAUCACAACGAUAAUCACCACUAUUCACAGACCUUGGAUAAAGAUGGAAGACAAAAAAUGCAAAUAUGUCAAACUUGUGCGGGACCAGUGUCUACAAAAGGGUGUUGGCGGCAUCAAAGCGCUGUCCGUUGCCUUCCGUCACAUGGACGUUGACUAUUCCAAAGCCAUAUGUCUGGAAGAACUUAAAAGAGGACUGCAGCGAUACAGAAUUAACCUGAAGGACGAGGAGAUUGAGACGCUGUUCAGUACGCUAGACAAAGACCAAAGUGGACAGGUAGAUUUUGCCGAAUUUAUGAUUGCACUUCGACCCCCCAUGCCCCAGGCCCGCAUUGACGUCAUCAACGAGGUUUUUGAUAUGCUGGACACUUCAAGAGACGGAAAACUUGAAGUCAGCGAUCUCAAAGGUGUAUAUUCCCAGUACGCUCGCAAACACGAGAACUACAUUAAGGGAGUAUGGACAGAAGACCAGGUGUUACGUCACUUCCUGGAUGCGUUUGAUUCCCCGGAUGAGCCAGACGGUAUAGUAACCAGAGAAGAGUUCCUGAAUUUUUACGCAGGGGUUUCAUCAACCAUCGAGGAUACAUGUUAUUUCGACUUCAUGAUGAGACAGACGUGGGGCUUACCGAUGCGGCGAAAGUCAAAAGCAGGGAAUGCAACAUAAAUCAUUUAUGUUAGAUUCUCGCGCGAAAAUUUAAAAAGAUCCAAAUCAGAUCUAGAAGCGUUUUUACUGUGAGCACAAGUUUCAAAACAUGUGCGUUUAUAUGCACAUGUCAUUUUAUUCUUAAGCCUUCCCUUCUUAUCCACCAUUAAAUUGUUUAUAUUUCAAAACUUGGUUGGUAGUAUGGGUACUUGAAAGAAAACGGGGGUAUAUUACGGUCGUUGCAGAUAAUCCUGCUAAUGUGACAAAUGUACAUAAAUCUGUUGGUGAUAAAGUUUAUUUGAUGCUGCUAUAAAUAACAAUACGUCAUGGCCCUCUUGUAUUACUUUGUAUUUAUGCAGCCUUUAUAUCGUUUGGAUUAUUGUGAGCCCGAUGAU